ACAGAAGAAACGGCAAUGAGAGGCAGUGGGACAAUGACCAGUGAUGCGAGAGUCGGUCUAAAGACACGUCGCGCAACCUGAGCUGUGUACUUAUAUUGCAGCUACUCACAAAAGCGGCCAAACAAAUAACCAUAGAAAGAAAAUCCACUGUAGCAGAACAAACAUGACAUGCGAUCCGCGUCCCUCACGAAGUCUGACCGAAUGACUACCUCACCUGAGCAACGGAAUAAUAGUAACACGACGCCGUGCCUAUAUAGCUUUUGCAUGACAGGUGACAAGGGACAUGCGCUCUUCUCAACCCACCAGUAAUGUCGGCGCACCUGCUAUAAAGGGCGCAGAGAAGACGGCCAGGAAAAAAAAGUUAUCUGCAUGCGAGAUCUGGUUUGCAGGAGAGGGAUUUAAAAGAGCAAAAAGCGCCACGCAAAUACAACCGGAAUAAAACACUUUCAAUUGAUUACGAGGACCAACAGGCACAGAGUGGAAGCCGUUUAUGUAACAGCGUCAACACAGACGUGGGACUGAGUAAUUGAGGGAGAGGGAUAGUUUGGAUAAAACCCAAUACACCUGCCAGUACAGACAAGCAGAAGCGCAUCUGGUCGGUCCCCGCGCUGCCGUGCUCGCCGUGUAAAGCCGACGGAAUGCCGCUGCAGAUCCCGGACGAUUCCGCUUUCUCCGCUUUCAAGGAGCAGUGCGAAAACCACGAGGGAUGGAUAAUCCGGUACAACAAGGGAGGGGUGACGGUGUGGUGCAGAGACGAGGACUCUGAGACUGUCCAGAAGCUCAAGAUGAAAAUCAUCUGCAAGGAUGUUACAGCGGAGACUCUGUACGACGUCCUCCAUGACACAAGCUACCGGAAGAAAUGGGACACCAACAUGAUCGACACCUUCGACAUCGGGCGGCUGACUGUCAACGCGGACGUCGGAUAUUACUCCUGGAGGUGCCCCAGCCCGCUGAAGAAUCGUGACUUUGUCACCAUGCGGUCCUGGCUGCCGCUGGGCACUGACUACCUGAUCAUCAACUACUCUAUCAAGCACCCGCAAUAUCCACCAAAGAAGGACUACGUGAGAGCAGUGUCUCUCCUAACGGGUUACCUCAUCCAGCCGAACGGGGAGAACUCCUGUAGUCUCUUCUACCUGACACAGGUGGACCCAAAAGGUUCCUUACCGAAGUGGGUGGUGAAUAAAGUAUCUCAAUUUGUGGCUCCAAAGGCUAUGAAGAGGAUCUACAAGGCCUGUCAGAAAUACCCGGAGUGGAAGCGGAAGCACAACCCCAACCUGAAGCCUUGGAUGUACCCGGAGCAGAACACCCUGCCCUGCAUCAGUCUGGCUGACCUCACCCUGCAGCGGGCUGACUCGCUGGAGAACAUCGACGAGAGCAGUUUGAACGAGGAGAAGUGUCAACAUAGCGAUGACGAAGAGGUCCUGUCCUAAGGCGUGGCUGCUGGCUCCGCCCACCGGCCUGCCCGUGUACAUACGUGUGCGUGUCCAUGUGUGCAGCUGUAAAUAAAGUUAUUUGCUCCACAUCCUCUGUUGCUGUCGCAACGUUGUGCUCUCCUUGCCUGUCCGGGCCGUAUAAGAACCUGUUAGUAGCUUUUAAGGAACUCCUAGCGAUAUGUUGAAAUAGCUUUAGCCUUUGCAUGCUCGGAGAGAAGCAGAUUUGGUCCUGACAUCAGCCCAAAUACACUAGGGUCAACUCUGUGGCUUUGCAUGUGAUUAGUUGAAGCCAAGUUUCUGAGCUUUUUUUCUGUUCCCUUUCAGUGGAGUGCAGUGUAUACAGUAAAAAAAAAUGACUUUGAAGGUAUCACUUAAAGGUGCCUCCUUAACCGCCCACGUUCUGGCAAGAAGCCUUUUCUCCCCUGUGCCUCCUUCGCUUUCUUUUGCCUUUCUUUCUCCUCCCCAAAGGUGGCACAGAAGCUCCUCCCACGGACAGGCCCCCACAUCUUGCGGCUUUUGUCUUUCCCCGUGCCGCCGGACAAGGAGACGUAUCAGUUUCCCGGAGAUGAACGGCCCCUGCGGAACGAAUGGAAGCGGGGGCCUUGUGCGAGGAGGGUGGGGAGGCCCGGCGAGGUCUCCGGCAGGAGGGCGGAGGGGAAGCGGAGGGGAAGAGGAGGCACGAAAACGGCACGGGCAUUCGCAGAGACGAGCUUCUUCUUAGCUGUGGGAAAGAGAACUUCCUCAGAGGAGCUCUGCUCUCUCCUGUGCGGCCGCCCCCGCUCCCUGACGGAAUGGCCCGGGCUCUGAGUUUGGUCACCAGCUGCUGUCGUUCUAUGUCCGAAAGCGUAUGAAACGCAGGAGGGUGAAAGUGGAUGGGAUUUCAGACUCUCCACCUGUCGUCUCAGAAGAAGGCCUCCUCGUCAUCCGUGGAACAUAUGCGGCGAUGAUGUCAACUCCAAGGUUACGUCAGUACAAAGCAUGUCUAGGGCAGGUAUAUGAAGGGGGGGCAGGGGCCACCGUCGGAAUACAGGCCGAUCCAAAAUGGCUUCCGUGCUGUGGCCUUGCUCUGCAUUCUGGUUAUUGUGUAUUUUGUAUUUUUUACUAGCUAAAAUUUCUUUAGGCCACUAAAAUUAACCCACCAAAACCCUAAUAUAAUUUAUAAUGUUUCAUACAAAUGUCUUUUAUUAUAAUGUUAUCUUAUAUCACACAUUUUCAUUCUUUGUAUUUCAUCUCCUUCUACAUUUUAUAUACUGUCACUUUUCAAGUGAUUUACACAAUGUUUCACUUGUAGGAAAAUGCGUAACAGCUUACACAAUUUAGGCAACAGAUUUUCACUUUAAAGACUGUGAAAAAAAAUAAACAGAAUGUGUGUAGAGUUCACAGCUGUAGCGUUCUUCAUGUAGAGAUUUAGAAAUCUAGAACCUGAUUGACCAAAAUAAAAAGUAUUUUGUGCAUAUGAA